AUGGCCGGGGAUUCCGACGGGACCACGCGGGACCUGUGGGCGGUGAGACACAGGCCCGGGAAUGAUGUCUGUGCCGACUGCGGAGAGCCAGAUCCCGAGUGGGCUUCCUACACGCUGGGCGUCUUCAUCUGCCUGAAAUGCUCCGGCAUCCAUCGCAACUUGCCCGAACUCAGCCGAGUCAAGUCCCUGAAGAUGGGGUACUGGGAGGAGGUGCAGGUGCAGUUCUUGGCUCAGCACGGCAACCUGGUGGCCAGAGGCACGUACGAGGCCCUUGUCCCCGUCUACUACUACCAGCCCAACCAGGCCGACUGCCAGGUCCUGAGGGAGCAGUGGAUCAGGGCCAAGUAUGAGCGCAAAGAGUUCUCGUCUCCAGAGCAGAAGUUGCCGUAUUCCAACGGGCAGCGGGAGGGAACCCUGUGGAAACGGGGCCGGGACCAGGCCCAGUAUCAUCCCUGCCGCUUCCUGCUGUCCGAGAGGGACAGCUGCCUCAAGUACUUCUCCAAGCAGGAUUCCAGGGAGCCCAAGAUGUCCAUCCAGGUGGACAGGAUCAACGCCAACUUCCAGCCAGAGAAGACAGGCCAUGCCCACGGCCUGCAGCUCACCUUCGUGCAGGACAAUCGUACGCGCAACCUCUUCGUCUACCACCCCGACGGCAAGGAGAUCGUCGACUGGUUUAAUAGCAUCCGCUUCGUCCAGCUCCACUACCUGAAAGUGGCCUUCCCCAAGGCCCGUGACGAUGAGCUCCGAGACCGACUCACCUGCCGCUUUCUGAAGGAGGGCUACAUGGAGAAGACGGGGCCCGGGCCCCGGGACGCCUUCAAGAGACGCUGGUUCACCCUGGAUCGCCGCAGACUCAUGUACUUCAAGGACCCCCUGGAUGCCUUUGCCAAGGGUGAAGCAUUUGUAGGCAACCGGGAGCACGGCUACGAUGUCAGGCGGGGCCUGCCCCCGGGGGCCCAGCAGGGGCACGGGGCCUGGCAGCACGGCCUCACCCUGGUCACCCCGGACCGCCACUACCUCUUUGCCUGUGAGACGGAAAGCGAGCAGAACGACUGGUUUUCCACCUUCUCCAGGGUCAUCGAAAAGCCCAUGACGCCACAGGAUCGUGCCAUGGAAGCUCAUUUCCUGUGUGGGCCUUAGGACGGGCUGAAGUUGCUCCUCUCUUCCCC